UUUUAAAAAUACCUUUAAUUUUGAAGGGAUGUGCAAUUUGGAAUUAAAAAACCCUCAUAAUUACACUCCUCUGAUGAGAUCCGUGUACAAUGACUAUGAAGAAAUCGCGGAAGCACUGAUAUCCGCAGGUGCUAAUAUUGAAGCUACCGGAGCUAAGGGUCGGACCAGUCUGUUUAUAGCGGUGAUAGAGAGCAGUCUGAAUUGUAUGGAGCUCUUACUGAAGAAUGGCUGUAACAUGGCCGUCCGCGACAGUCACGGAUUCACAAUACUAAAAACCAUCUUCAAAACCAACUCUAUCAUCAAAGCUGAGGCGAUAAAGCUGCUUCAGAAAUUUGAGUAUAAUAUCGAUCACGACAGAGAUUAUUUAGAGGAGAUGGUGAAAAAAAGCAAGGACCCUAAUGACAAGGUUUACGCAGAGAUGCUCCUACAGAAUAAAUCCAUUAAGGAUGCUUGUGAAAAUCCCUUCGCUUCCGGUGGCUGGCACAGGCGCAACUCCCUAGCAACCAGACGCAUCUCCGUGAUCAGCGAGAUCUCGCUGUCAUUCAUAUAUGGAAAGCAGUUAUCUCUUACUGAAUUGGAUUAAAAGUUUUGUUAACCUUCCUUAUUGUGUAAAAUAAUUGUUGAACAUUCAUUUGUGCCGACAAAGUGCACGAAUCGGAAGUAUAUGUAUAUUAUAAAAAUAUUUAAUGAUAUUUACAGUGAAUGUGCACAACUAGAGGACAAAACAGAAAAUGAGUGACAAUGUCAAUUCUAAGUGUACACUUUUGAUAUUAAUAAAAAAAAAUCACUGUAGUUUUAGCA